AUGGCCCUAGGCCGCCGCCUGGCGUUGGCCCUGCUAGCGUUGACCCUCGCGGGCCCUCAGGAGGCGCCAGGAGAGCAGGAGCUCCGCUUCAAGCCCCCACCCUCGCAGAGACCGGUGCGGCUCUUCACGGAAGACGAGCUGGCCAGGUACGACGGACGCAAGGAGGAUGAACCUAUUUAUAUAGCUGUGAAGGGUGUGGUGUUUGAUGUCACUUCUGGAAAAGAAUUUUAUGGGAAAGGAGCACCUUACAAUGCACUAGCUGGCAAAGAUUCAACCCGAAGUGUUGCAAAAAUGUCCCUUGAUCCAGUAGACCUCACUUACGAUACAACGGGACUCACAGAAGAGCAGUUGCGAUCUCUGGAUGAGACCUUUAGUAAUGUUUACAAGACCAAAUAUCCUAUUGUUGGCUACACUGCCCGAAGAAUUCUCAAUGAAGAUGGCAGCCCUAACCCAAACUUUAAACCUGAAGAUCAGCCACAUUUCACUAUUAAGGAUGAGUUUUAACAAUAACUUGGCAAUCACAUGACUACUACAAAGAACCAGGAAGGUAUCUAAAAACUGAAGAAUAUAAUGGACCUAAAUUGGCUUAGUAUAUUUGAGGAUGAUUGUUUUCUAUUUUAUCAUGUUAUCACCAUUGGUUAGUUAGUAAUAUUGAUACGCAUGAUAAAAGUGUAGUGUAUGUGUUAAAAUUGUUUUGACUAGCAAAGUGUUCUGUUUCAGUGUCAGUGGAGAAGCAGUUAUCUUUCUUUAGCUAAUUAUUUGGCUAACUAAAUGGGAAAACUGUCCCAUGUUCAGUCCCACUGAACAUUACUUAUUAAAAAUCCUCAUGGCCAUAUAAAACAUACAAUUUGACAAACCAUCCUGCUAAUAAUUGACUAUUAGCAAUAUCCAGUUGAAUCAGUGAUUCUUGAUGGAUGUUACCUAUGCCCCCUUCCAGGACAGUGGCUUCUGUCCGUCUGUCUAUUUCUUCUACUCAACAGUCAGUUUGAACUUUGUGGGAGUUCCCUUUGAGUGUUUUCCCACCAAGUGUGCAUUAUUUCCAGAAACUGGUAGUAGAAAGUCUAUAUCCUUCUGUUACAAAGUUCCCUGCUUUGUAGUAAAGUCCAUAAAGAGGAGAGAUAGGGCAUAAGUCUCAGCAGAGGAAUAUAGAGCUACUGUUUUUAGCAGUAGCAAAGUGACAUAGAAAAUGUUUACAGGAAAUUAAUAAUACUAACCUAUUUUGCAUAUUGUUUUAAGACUGAAUUGAUACAAUUUUUAUGUAGUAUCAGAAACAUUAAAAGUCUGAUUCUUUAUUCUUCUUAGUAUUCAAAUGGAUAUACUUGCUACAGUGUGUGUUUACAUAAUACUUCCUAACACUGAAUUCCACAAAAACCAGGUCUGCAAUUCUGCAGCAGAAGUACAAUGUGCACAGCAUGGCUUGGAUUGCAUCUAUACUGUCAUAGCCUUUCACUCGUUCUCCUGAUGCCCGAUAAUGGUUCAGUUAGAAGAAAUAACAGUUAUUAGAUGCACUAACCACUGACUAUAAUAACUAUGUGCAUCUGAUAUUUGGUACUUCGUGAUUGUAUUCCAUUUGUUACUCCUUUCUUGUGGGCAAAAUAAAAUAAUCUUAAAACUCA